UGGAAAUCGUCGCAAAAGUGUUUCGGUCGUUGUUGCCACAGAUUGACAAAUUCUGCUAUGAGAAAAGAAAAUUUGACUAUUAAAAUUGCUUCCAGCUCAAGUUAACACCGUAACCCUUUGGAAGCGUGCGGCAGUCAAAGACCCAUCCGAAAACAUGGCCCAGUUGAAAAAGUUGUACAUGAGCUCUAAUCUCGAGAGCCUGGAGAAGAUGACUAGCAUUCCCGAUCUGCGCGACAAGAACAUGAAAAUGCUACUCAACACCGCUAGAAAACUGUACGUCACUGCAGAGGAGUACCGGUUAGAAGGCGAUGAGGAACUGGCCUACAUUACCUAUAUGAAGUACUUCAACAUGUUGUCCGCCAUUCGCAAAAAGUCCGACUAUGCCAACCACAAGUCAACGGUGCGCCAAAUGUUGGGCGACACCGACGCGAAUCGUCGUAUAAUGGACUCGUUGGAGAUAAUUGCCAACUCCUUGGCGCACCGCUACGCACUGCUAUGCAAACCUUCGACGCUUGAACCAAUCACCGAUUUUGUCAAUGGUCGAACAGUGGUUGAAUCAUCCACUACGACCGUUUCUUCACAGCCAGAAGACUUUUCCCGUUUGGGGCUAAUUAGCUGCCAGGAGCUGUACCGGCGCAUGCAAGAAAAAACGGUUCUGGUCAUGGACUGCCGUUCUAGUUCUGACUACGAUAUCUCGCACCUAACGUACUACUGCGCGUUCAAUGUACCCGAAGAAGUAAUAGUGUCAGGAAUGUCGGCGGGUAGACUACAGGCGCGACUCAGUAGCAGCGCUAAAGCAUCGUGGGCUUCGCGAUCUGUCAAAGAUUCGGUGGUGCUUAUGGACUGGAACACAAAAGAUGCCCAGCCGGCUGCGAAUACAGCAAUUGCCACGCUUCUGGAUAUCCUGAAAAAUUGGGAUCCUGACGUUACUUAUCGCGCUCCAAUUCAAAUUGUUGAUGGCGGCUACGAGUAUUUCAUAAUGAUGUACCCCACUCAUUGUACCAAUCCCAGCGUGCAGGCCCCGAAGCAGAACAACAACGACAUUGAAACCAUUGACGACAUCGAGUAUCCUUCGAUCUAUGACAUCACUAUGAAGGAGGACAUCAGUGCGCGGGAUUUUAAAACGAGACCAGACAUCAAUCGGGCCAGCAAACCAGCAGCCCUGAAGACCUAUGAACAGGGCCAGGCGAAACUUGUGUCCCAGGCCAAACCAAUAGCUGAGAUUAUGCGAGAUCAAGAGGAGUUUCUUCAACGAGCUGAGCAAAAUGAUGCUCAGUUGGAAAACGCCUUCGAGCUAUGGAAGCGCCGAACCGCUGAGGGAGAUGCUGCCGAUAACCAGGAACUGCACUACCGCAUUUUGCAGUUGGAGAGCCGACAGCAGGACUUUAUUCUGGAAAACAAUCGAUUACGUGACGAAGUCACCCGCUAUAAGGAACAGUUAAAAACUGAGACACCACAAAGGAUAUCUUCUAAGGAUGUGGAGGCCACCCGUAACGUGGAGACUAAAAUUCAGGAACGUCAAAUGGUUGACGAGCAGCACGAACUAGAGCGCCAGGAGAGAGAGCGGCAGCUUGCAAUUGCCCGGGAAGCAAAAAAACAUUAUAAGUCACCGCCGCCGCCAAGUUCUUUACCAGUACACGCCCUUUCCGAGAGCCUAGAUUCUCUGCUUAAGCUGUCCGAAGAUGAAAUACCCCCAUUGGAUCCUGUUGAAAGACCCACAUUUGAUCGGGCAAUGAAGCCGCAACGGAAUAAAUCGUCGUCUUCACCAGCUCGGGUCCGUGAUUUCUCACCCGUCAAGGGUCAGAAUGUGGGUCGUGGCUUAACUGGUCUUAAAAAUCUGGGCAAUACUUGUUACAUGAACAGCAUUUUACAGUGCCUGAGUAAUACGCCGCAGCUAACCGAGUAUUGCAUUUCGGAUAAGUACAAGAGCUACAUCAACCGGAGCAAUAGAACAAAUGGACAAGUCAUCGAGGAGGUGGCCGCACUUAUAAAAGAACUGUGGAACGGUCAGUAUAAGUGCGUGGCUAGCCGGGAUUUAAGGUAUGUAGUGGGUCAGUACCAAAAGAUCUUCCGUGGCGUUGACCAGCAAGACUCCCACGAGUUUCUUACCAUACUGAUGGAUUGGCUGCACUCGGACCUACAAACGCUGCAUGUGGCCCGCCAAAGGGAGACAAUCAGUGCUUCGGAAAAGGCUUGGCUGGAGUUUACAAAGGCCAAGGAAAGUAUGAUCCUGCAUUUAUUCUACGGUCAGAUCAAGAGCACCGUCAAGUGCGUGGCCUGCAAUAGGGAAUCUGCCACUUACGAGUGCUUCUCGAAUCUCAGCCUGGAGCUGCCGCCCAACUCAAAUGUGUGUCACUUAAACCAGUGCAUGGACAUGUACUUUAGUGGGGAGCGCAUCCAAGGCUGGAAUUGUCCGAACUGCAACACCAAGAGAGAUGCAAUUAAAAAGCUAGAUAUAUCCAAGCUGCCUCCAGUACUGGUAGUCCAUCUGAAGCGAUUUUAUGCGGAUCCAAGCAACACAGGCGCCUACAUAAAGAAACAAAAUUAUCUGCGUUUUCCAUUGGAUAAUCUGGAAAUGACCCCGUAUAUCGCUCGGGCUGAAUCUCGAGCCGUUACUCCAAAAACUUACCAACUUUAUGCCGUUUCCAACCACUACGGCACUAUGGAAGGAGGGCACUACACGGCCUUCUGUAAGAGUGCAAACUACGGCAGGUGGUUCAAAUUCGACGAUCAAAUUGUUUCCGCUUUGGACACCUCCAAUGUUGUCUCCAGCGCAGCUUAUAUUCUCUUCUACACCUGGCUGCCACCCAUGCAAAUGUCGCUGUGAAAAAUCUGAAGCAUAUUAUCCUUCUCAGUUUCCUCUAUACGUUUUCAACUUGUUUUGUUUUCGUUUUGAUAGCAUCUAAGGUCUAGUCGCCGCAUCAAUUAAUAUUUUAAUUAUUAGUUACCGCAUAACUGUUGCUUUUUAGGCCGAUAAUCGCUUGUUUGUUGUUGUCUAGGCCCUUAAGCCGAAUUGAAUGAAUAGUGUAAUGUAUGGGGGCGUAUUUUCUACGGGAACGAGUACAUUCACUAACUUAAAAUACUUCAAGUGCAUUACCAGUAUAAAAAAAGGGGUUACAUACCCUGAUAGGUAUGUGUGAAUAUAGUUUAUUGUAUUUUA